GCCCAUUGCACGUUUGCAAAGGUAUUGGCUUUUACUACAUUAAAAAAUAAAUACUGUUCUAACCAUUUAAUUUUCUCUUGGGUACCUAUUCUUCUUUUUUUGUAUUUCACGGUUUAGAUAAAUAUUCUAGCAAUAUUUUUUGAUUGAUUUAGUUUCCCAUUUAUGUAUAUUUAUUUGUUCAUUAAGAUUAUUGUCCACAUUUGUACGUUAAUCUUAUUUUCCACGAUUGAUUUAAGUGGAUUGAUUAAAGCAAAAUGGAUUACAAUAGUAUUGAUGACGAUGAUGUUGAAAAAUUACGUCUAGCUGCUCUUAUGUCUUUUAAGAGAAAAUCCAAUGUGCCAAUAAAUACAAUAAGCAGUACAUCUGCAGAAUUUUGUCAGAAUAAAUUUGCCACUGGCAAUUCUUUCAAUAACUCUUCAAGAAAUAGAGGACGGUUUCCUGUAUCAAAUAGACCCUAUAAUAAACGUACAUAUCCAAAUCUUACUUUUCGAAGAUCUUCUCAUGCAAAUAAUAAUUUAAUUGCUAUUAUACCAACUGAUGGUGAAAGUGAUCCCCAUGCCAAUGAUUUGGUAUCAAACAAUUCACCUAAACCUACUAAUUCUAAAAUAUUAACUAAUGAUGGAACAAAGACAAAUGAUGUUCAUAAUUUGAAUGAUGAAGUUUCUACUAAAUUCAGCCGAUUAGAUAAUGAUUCUGGUUCUGAAGAAAGUGAAGACAGUGAAACAGAAAGAGAUGGACAAGAAGAAUCAGAUGAUGGUGAUGUCUUAUCCCUAGGGGAAAAAGAUGAAGAUCUGGACGAUCUUGACAAAUUAAUGGAUAUUAUGGAAGCUGAAAUUAAUGGUGAAGAUGUUAAACCAUCAAAAAAAGUUAAGAAAAGUAUAAAACAAAAUAAUAAAAAUAAAAAAGAAAAAAGUACAGAGUUGAAAAUAAAAAAUAAAUUAACUGUGAAAGUUGAUGAACCAACUGUUAUAAAUCCACCUAAGGUUGUUAACAAUUUAGCACCUCUAGUUAAUCCACCUGAAGAAGAAUUAGAAUCAAUUAAAACUUUAGAGGAAAUAAGAAACUCUCCAGCACAAUGCAUUCUAUUAAAUUCUCGUGUUCCCUUAAAAUCGCCAUCACCACGUAAUAGAAAGAAGUCAAUAUCUCCUUACAGUAAACUUCGAAAAAGAUCACCAUCAAGAUCUCCACGAAGAAGAUCUCCUACUCCUGAUAGAUAUAGAUAUUCACCAUUACGUUCAAGGCCCUACCGUAGAUCCAUAUCACCCAGAAGAUCGCCCAGAAGAUUAUCACCUUUAAGGGAAAAAAAUCUUUCUCCGAGAAGAUACUCUCCUCUUAAGUCCCGAUAUCCCUAUCGUUCACCAUCUCCAAGGAGAAGUCGCAGAUCUCUAUCACGAGAUAUUUCGCCAAAAAGAAGACGACUGUCUCCAUUAAGGAGAAGAAGUAGGUCUCCUCUUAAGAUUAAAUCAAAGUCAAGAUCACCUAAAAUUAGAACUGCUGUUAGAAGAAGAUCACCUAGUCCAUUAAAGAAAGUAAUUAAAUCAAGACCUGUAUCUCCUAAUAUUCGCCGUAAAGAUAAUAAAAUCUUAGAUGAUGAAUAUUUGAAGAAAAAAGAAAAAAUCAAACCUGUGGAUAAACAAAUAGAAUCGAGGUCAAUAGAUCCUGUUUUAGAAGCAAGAAAAAGAAAAUUUGAGUCCAACAAGUUGGUUGAACCUUCAAGCAAAAAAAUUAUUUUAAGGAAAACUAAUUCAGUUCAAGUAGCAAUUCAGACUGAAAAUAAAGAAAUGCAAAAUAAAAAGAAUGAACCUGAAAUAAAACCAAAAACUAUGCAAUUAACAAAAAAAUCAAAUAAAAUUUCACAAUCCUUUCCAAUUCCUAAAAGCAUAAGCAAUGAGAUGAAAAAGGAUUUAGAAGUAAUAAAAUUACAAAGAACUGUUAAAUUAAAUAAUUCUCCAGAGAAAAUAAAAGACAAAAAAAGACCAAGAAUUGUGUUUGGACAUGAUGAUACUAAUGAUUUGCUCAUUGAUCAAGAGGGUAGAUUAAAUUGUCAUAAAGAAAAAAAAAAUAAAACAAUGGUAGUAGAAUCUGAAACUUUAGAAGUAUCUAGUGCAUCUGGAGAAGAAUCUGAAUCAUCAGUAGAAGAGAUGUCUGAAGAGAAUGAGGAAGAUGGAAGUGAAAAAGAAGCUGGACAAAAAUCUAGUGAUGGUGAUGAAGAAUAUAUUGAAGAAGAAGAUGAAGACGAAGAUGAAGAAGAUGAAGGAAUUCAAGAAAGGCAGCAAAUAGAUGAUAAAAAAGUCACUAUACAACAUAAUGAUCUUGUUGAUCUAAGAACAGAGUUAAAAAGAAGGAGGGCCCUUCGUUUAAAUACGAUUCAAGUAGAAGUUAAGAAAAAACCAGAAUCAUUUUAUCCUGCCCGUUUAUUACAGUCUGCAAUUAGAGGUGUUGUAGGAUCAAGCGGUUCAAAUGAAGUGAAGAGAAAAAAACAUUCUAAAAUUCCAGAAAUAAGUAUUAAAACCGAAGGAAAUUUAGAUGGCCGAAGAGUUAUUGUGAUGAAUAGAGAUUCUAAGACUAGAAGUGACUUAAGUAUUUUACUUCCAGAAGGUCAAGAAGUUUAUGACAGUGAAGAAGAAUCUUAUACAAAUGUCAAAAAACAAAAAGCCAAAUUAAAAAAAGUUCCUUUGCAUUCGAGAAAAGUUGUUAAUAGUGGUAACACAAUUCAAAAAGGAUUUAAGAAGAUCAAAAAGCGUAACAUUAAUGUUACAGAUUUCGAUCAGGUAUUUGAUGUCCUAAUCACAUGCAUUUUUUCUUAUUGGUCAACUUAUAUGCCUACCAUAUUAUUCCAAAUUCAUACAAUAUUUUUGUCCUUCAAAAUUUGUCUUUACUGUAGUUUAGUUUUAAAUCAUAACAAACUGAUAAAACUACAAUUUAUUUUUUGUAAUAUUGUUACUUAUUGAUUAUUUAUUUUUAUU